CUGUAAUUUUCCGAGUGUACCACCGGAACGGGAUGUUUUGACUGUCUCACUUUUACCGUCGAGUUUCGGGAUUUAAAAACAUUGAAGUGACCCUGUUUUCAGCGGUUAAACCAGCCGUGGAGCUAGCGUUUUCGAGCUAAAGGGAUUUAACCGCCGAGCGUUUUUGUCAGUUACUCGGUACAUAACGUUUACAUCAAGGGGGCAAACAUGUCAGGAGAACCGAUCGUUAUCACGCUGGAAACCGCGUCGGGGACUACGAGUACGUUCCCUGUGGUUUUGAAGCAGAUAAUGGACAUGCCUCCGCCGAAUAUUCUGGACUGCGACGACGGUAGGUUCUGUGUAAACGGACGGAGAGGAAGGAGCUAACCAUGUAGCAUUAGCACCAAGCUAACGCGAUUAGACACCGACAAGGAAAAGCUGUUUCUGGGAAAUUAUGUCGACCCUAGUGGAGGAUGCGUCGAUAUGGGUCCUUCAGCCGCCCUGACACCGGCUAUCUGGGAGAAAACCAUUCCCUAUGAUGGCGAAAACUUCCACCUGGAGUACAUGGACCUUGAGGAGUUCCUCAUAGAGAAUGGGAUCCCCAACUUGCCCGGCAGCCCUUCCGCUGUGAAGACGGAGAAAGUAAAGGCUGCCGAUCCAGCAGGCAUCUCCACACUGUCCCUGCUCCCCAUUCAGGACUUGGACAAGUGUGGGGAGGAAAUGCUGAUCAUCACCAAGAGCGACUCUGAUAUCCUCUGUGAUGUGACGGCUGAGGUGACCACUGAAAGUGACAGAGAGACCCCCGAACCCAUUGACCCCGAUGAGAUCGAGGUUGAGAUGAACUAUGAGCCUGACCCCACUGACCUGGUUCUGUCGAGUGUGCCCGGAGGCGAGCUGUUUGAUCCUCGCAAACACAAGUUCACUGACGAUGAGCUCAAGCCACAACCUAUGAUCAAGAAGGCCAAGAAGGUGUUGGUGCCCGAAGAACAGAAGGACGACAGGUACUGGAACAGGAGGAAGAAGAACAACGUGGCGGCCAAACGUUCCCGUGACGCCCGCAGGUUAAAGGAGAACCAGAUCACCGUCAGAGCGGCGUUCCUGGAGCGCGAGAACGCAGCGCUGCGCACAGAAGUCGCCGACCUGCGGAAGGAUUGCAGCCGCUUCAAAAACACAGCAGGGCGCUACGAGGCCAAAUACGGACCACUUGCGCCGCCAGAAGACCAAUAGACAGCCGUUGAUUUAUGAAUUUAUUUCUUCUAACGAAUAAAUAAAUUACCAUCAAUCAGGCAAACGCAGAAGAGGAGGUGCAGGUACAGACCCAGCCGUCUGGUUUUAUUUUUUUUAAGAAUUUUAUUUACCAUCUAUGCGAGUGAGAGGAUUUUCAAGUGCUUCGUGCACUUUCUAUAGGAAGUGUACUUUUAUCCUGUCUGUAAGCCGAACCAGAUCAUUUGUUAUGGAGAAGGUUUCAGUUUUUUUGAUUAUGUGACAGAUUGUGUGAAGGGCUGGACUUUUCUUGGCCCACAAAACAAUUUUAUCUACGACAUUUCCAAUAAUUUAGCUUCUUCAGGGGAUUGCAGUGGAAAAGCGCAGCCAUAUUCACUUGUCUUCUACUCGUCCAUUUACAUAAAUAACCUUUCAGAUGUUUAAAAUCCACCGAUGCAUGUGCUGUAAAUAGAUGUAGCCUGGAAUAAUACUUUCUAGACUUUUUAUUGUUCUCUAUUUUGUUCAAAUGUGUUACGUGUAAGUUGAGUUUUUGAAACACUGUAAGUUUUGGAUAAAUUUCAAGCAAUGGAAGAAAAAGUUUAUUGUAAAUUCCUGAAAUAUAAAACCUCUCGCUGAUGUUUGCAUCCAUAAAGCUGUGCAUGUUUUAAAAUGGCUAUAGCAGGCUGUAUCUGAUGCUCGCAGCACUUAAAUGAGUGCCUUAUUGAAGGUAGACAGAGUGGAAAUGAUUGACUCAAUAAACCUAAAGAAGCAUGUUGUCUGCUCAGAAAAUAUUUCCUUAUUUUAUUUACAGUCGGCUGCUUGAAAUGUUCCCAAAACUAAAUAUUCAAAGCCUUCGACGAGGUUAAACGUUUAUUUAGAUCAGGGGUUUCCAAACUUUUUUCACCGGGGGCCACAUACAGAAAAAUAUAGGGAGAGCUGGGCCACUUUAUAGAGGUGAACAGUCGUCUCAAAAGUGAAGUUAUAUGUUAGCAAAAAGAAUGAAAUGUAGGAGAAUAAUGCGCGAUACUUGAAAACCCUUUCGGGAAAAAACAGCCUACAUCCCGUCUGUCUUUAGGGGUUCAUUUAUUCCGUUGGCAGCUCCUUCCUUAAAACAGGAGGCUCAGAUUGAUGAUAAUAAGAGUAAAUAUGAAGGUUAUAUUUCAAGCUCGUUCUAGAAAUAAGUUAUUGUUUUGGUUUUUUGAUCAACUCAGGUUUGUUAGAAAAUGUUUUACAUUUUAAAUGGCUGAAUUUAUUUGAAAUUGGGCUCAUUAAUAUAGGUUAACAUAUAUAUUUUAAAGUGCAAUAUAAGACAAGCAGAAGUUUAAUGUGGGGCAAUAUUGCAUUAUACGUUUAGAAUUUGCAGAGGGCCGAUUCAAAAUGGCCUGCGGGCCGCAUUUGGCCCCCCGGCCGUAGUUUGGACACCCCUGAUUUAGAUUGUCAGAAGAGUUUUCACCAUUUUGAUUAUUUGUGUUUUUGCUGAGGUGUUUGUUGCCAACUCAUUCUUUUUUUACAAACAGGAAACUUUAGUAAAUGCAGACUGUAUUUUUGGGAUGUCUGUUUUAAAAUUGAACCCUUAAUGCCGUGCAAAGUCUGCCAGUUUACAGGGAUCAAAAUGUGUCAAUCAAACAUAACUCUUAUUUUACUGUCUUAUUUCUGGCAUAAGGGAAAGCCUUUUUGUUCUUGUGUUGCUUUGCUUUUAACCUUAAACAUAGUGACUGUAACCAAAACUACUUGAAUGUUAUUCAUUUAGAAUUAACUAACAGGUCAUUUUAGUUUGGAGUUUAUUUUUGGCAUGAAUUAUGAGUUUUGCCGUUUGCUGUAAUAAAUAUUGCUUCUGACUUUCACCUUAAAAAAAGGCCUUUUGUUAAAGGUUCGUUUUUAACCUUCCUGGUUCUGUCUUUGUAUUUCUUUUAGUGGAGCAGAUAACAACAUAUUUUCAGAGGAAUCGUUCAAAUGGUGAUACAAGGACCAAAAUUGGCCCACACAUAAUCCUUAGACAUUAGACUUUUCAAAAAGUACGCGGGCCACUUGAACUUCAAGAGGACCGCCGUAAGCAGUAAUAAAUAUGCACAGACCUGGCCCAUAUGGAUGAUUCUGACAUCGAUAUAUACAUUUUUUACCGCCAUGUAGAAUCCAAAUCUGGGACCCUUAAACCUCUCAAAAGCUCACCUUUGCCUUAUUCUGGCCUUAGAUCAAAAUAAUCCACUAUGGUAGCUCACGGGCUAAACCAGGUGAGGGUCUCUGUGUGUGAUUAAGCAUUUCAGACUCUUAACACAUUGUGCAUGAAGACAGCACCCACAGCUGAUUGAUGUGGAACAUGUCCCGGGAAUGAGAACUGAAUUGGAUGCACCCCCAGUGCGGGGGGAGAGAGAGUCAGAAAAGAGUGGAUGUCAAGGCACAGCCAGCGCACACUGGUGAUAUCACACUGCUGUGAAACUCAGCAUGGGGUUCAGUGUCAGCUAAACAAGCUUUACUGUAAUUAGUAGUAGUGGUAAUAGUAUAGUUUAGUGUCGCAAAUGAUAUCUAAUUCAAGCCUCACAACAGUUAGCUAGUAGUUAGAUAGCCGCACCUGAAUCGACAGGGUGUGCCAGCGCGGGAGAGCCGAGCCAAGGGUGACGGGGCUUUACAUGACUUUGCAUGUAGUCACCCAGAAGGUGUACAGAUCGCACUGGACUUAAAUGGCACUGGGUGAACGAUCGGGCUAGGUGUAGGAUUUAUGUCUUAACCUAGUUGUAUCCCUGAAUGUGUAUAGUCAUACUGUGGUAAAAGGGUAAACCCUCGGAGACCAAAUUAAGUUCAGACGGACCUGCAAUAUUCAGACUCGCAGAUAUAGUCAACCUGUACAAACACCGGAUGUUAACGCCACCAGACUGAAGGACACACUGUUGGCUGAAAUACCUGUGCUGGAAGCUCACAAGAAGAGAAGAGAUGUCCUGUUGGCUUUCCAAAACGAUGUAGGCUUUGCCCUGUCACAAGCCUCUGACUAUAGUGAUGCUAUGACACUUGCCAAAGCAGCCAAGAUCUUAAGGAGACACAUGCUGGACCACACGUUUUCCUUUGAUGGAACCUUCCAUGAGGGAUGUAUUGAGGAUGCCAUUCCACCCAGCCUUCUUCAAUUUGUAGGCAUGAUUGAACACGGGGCUGACAUCAAAUCGCAACUGAGAUUUGGUGCCUCCAAGUCAGACCUGCAAUUGCACAGCUCCUGCAGUAUAACUGCUACACAAGACACAAGGAAGGAGCAUCGACUCACAGGCAUUCCAAAGAUCGGGAAGCACCAUUCCCCAUCUACAUGGGAAGGUCAAUAUAUGCCAAGACCAGGAAGAGGAUGCUGGUGACAAUGCUUCAUGAACAUGGCCUUAGCAUUUCAUAUGACAGAGUACUUGAAAUAUCUGGCACCAGCAUCUCAGCUUUCCAACAUCCAACCAAAGACAACCAGGGUGAAUACCGUGAACCUGUGAGAUUUGGAGAGGAGACAGUUCCAGAACUGCCUGACUCCUUCACCAAUAUACGCCCAGCCUUCUUCACCAAGAAGAAGCCUUCUCCUCCACAUAGCCGUCCUGUGCAAUGGCAAUGGAGUAUGAGUGGCUGGAAAUAGACAGAUAGGGCAGUGAACAUGACCUGGCCAGCCCACCAUGCUUCCAAGAAGAGAAGCCCUGAAGCUGAGGUUAGCAUAACAUCACUGCUACCUCUCUUGUGAGAUCCAGCCCACUCGGUUGCUACCGUCAGACAUGUCAUGGACAAAGUCAAAGAGACUGUAUCUUUCCUGAAUCCAGGUCAGAUACCUGUCAUGACUGCCGACCAGCCAAUCUAUGCAUUGGCAAAGCAAAUCCAGUGGCACUGGCCUGAGUAGUAUGGUGAGGAUAAGUUUGUCAUAAUGUUUGGAGGCCUACACAUCGAGAUGGCUGCACUGAAGUCAAUUGGAACACUUCUACAGGAGAGUGGUUGGACAGGAGCCCUGGUGGAGGCAGGGGUGGCUUCCUCUGGGACCGCAAAAUCUUUCCUAUCAGCAGCAAGCAUCACUAAGACACGCCAGGCCCACCAGAUAACAGCAUGCAGUCUCUACCUGCUGUUGAAGGCAGCCUACAAUGACUAUUGCACUGAGGCAGCUGGCAACUCUGAGGAAGUGCUAUGCUUUGAUGCUUGCUGUGAUAGCUUGCAAUCUUCAAAGUCCGCUGUUUCAUUUCUGGAGUUUGGUGCUGUCCAUGGAACUGGCGAUCCUACUACAGAUCCGAGCAUUCAGGGAAGCCAACUUCAACCUGUACUGCCAAGCAAUGACUGAGCUCAUCCCAUACUACUUUGCCAACAACAACACUGACUAUGCACGCUGGCUCCCCAUCCAUCUCCGAGACAUGGUGACCCUCGAAGAGAAACAUCCCCAGCUGGCCCAGGAGUUUGCGAGUGGUUUGUUGUUCACAAGUCAAGGCGAGAGUUCUCUGCAAUGGCUAUUGACCAGGCUCAUGAGUAGCCAAAUGCUGUUAUCAAAGCUGACGGGGGAGCAGUUGGUAUAACUGAAGAUCCCUCAGCACUGAGGAGAUGGAUGAUAGCUGGUCCUCAAGUCUGCCACCUGGUUGCACAGUACGAGGCAGCAUCUGAAGGGAUGCACAAAGAGUGGAGAUACAUGGAAGGUCUUCUGGACAACACUUCCACCCAUUGCAGAGAGUUGCCAACAGCUGACCAAGUGUGGAUGCCAUUCAGAAUGCCAUGGAAGGUGCAAAUGCUACCGAUAAGGUCUUACCUGCACAAGACUAUGUAGGAGCAAGUGUGAGGGUUAGGAAAAGUUCAAAUUCCCUAUACUUUUAGACACCAAGAUCAUCCAAAUUGAUCAAAGUGGAGAGAUUAUGUGUCAAAUGUCCCCAUUUCCAAGUCUGCAUGGUGCCCAUCUUGGAAAAUGGGCGGCCAUCUUGAAUUUCAAGUACUUUUUCAAAAGAGUAAUGUCUAAGGAGUAUUUGUACCAAGUUUGGUGCUUGUAUCCCUAUUUGAACGAUUGUUUCACUUAUCUGCUCCACUUUUUGUAAAGAAACGCGUUGGCAUUUUGAGUGUAGCUACCUUUGGUCUUAUACAGUACGUAUGAAUAAAGCUUUGUUGAGAAAGUC